AUGGACGCACAGAACCAACACCAGGCCCAGAGCGGGGGGGUGGGCGCCUCCGGAGUGGAAGUCCAGGAGGAUACUGAGGGUGCCAGAGAUGCCGUGGAGGCCCCCCCCACCACCACCAUCACCACCACCGCCACCACCACCACCACAGCCACCAUCGCCUCCUCCUCCUCCUCCUCCGCCUCUACGGCUGCCAAUGAGACCCAGCUCACUCCCGCAAGGGAGGCUAGGUCUGACCCUGAGGGAUCCGGCGCUCACGAGGCGGGCGUGGGUGAUAGUGGGGUGGCCCCGCCUAUCCGUAGGCGCGGGAGGGAGGAGCCACGAGUGGGACUGUGGGAGAAGACCAAGGCAGCGGCCUUGAGGGGGGGCAAAGAGGCACUAAACAGCCUCAACGUGAAGGGGAUGCUUUCGGGGACGAAGAAGGCGAAAGAUUUGGAGACGCGUUAG